AUGCCGCCGGCGCGCACGCCUCCCCGCCCCGCAGACCCCGCAGACGGCCCCGCAGGCGGCUCGCAAGGCCGGGGGCCCGCACCCCCGGGGCCACCCCGCAGGGGCGGCCAGCUCGGUCUUCCGAGAAAGGGGAUGGGCCGGCGGGGGGGCGCCCGUCGCCACGGAGACCGGGCCGGGGGCGCUCAGGCUGGGGAGGACGGGCAGGGGAGCAGCAGCUUCUCCCCAGGGCCGCUGGGCAGGACGCCGACCCUGAACCCGGGCCCUGCCUCGCGGAGGUGCGGGGGGCACGUCCUGCGCUGGCGCGCUCCCGACCCACCUCUUCUCUGCACACUCCCUCCCUUUUGGGUUCUUGGAGCCGAAAGGAGCCGAAAGGAGCCGAAGCAACGGCGGAAAGAGCCGAAGUUUUCCCUGGUGCUUGAGGCCUUCCCGAAGCGGUGGCGGAAGGGAACGAAAGUCUCCGGAAGGGGCGGAGUGACCCAGUGGAACCUCCGGAAAGAGCCGAAGAUUAGAAUCGGGCUUAAUCUCUUGAGGGGCCGUGAGCGAGCGCUGGAAACCUUCGGAAAGAGCGAAGGUCUGGACGGUUAGGGUUGUUGGAAGAGAUCGACUGCUUGGACAGGGCCAGUGAGGGGUGGGGCGAAUCUUCAGAGGAAGCCAGAAACUGAGGCGGUUUGAGUUGUAGGAAAAACCCGAACCUUUAGAAGGGGCUGGCGUAGGGAACGCGAGGACCCACGGAAUCCUCCGAACGUUGAGACACUGGUCUCCGAAAAGUUACCGAAACUUGGGCAGCCUGCAAAAAUCUCACAUUGGGUGAUUUCGGGGGUAGACGCCGCCGCCUGCAGACUCCGCGGUCUACCUCCGGGAAUAGCCGACUGGCUUCGGAGCCGAGCUCGGGGCGGUUCG